AUGGCCAAUUUUGAACAUAAUAUGAUGGUUGCUUUGUAUUGGGGUGGCGAAAUAAUUACUGAAAUGAACGGAUUCAGGUAUACUGAAGGUGCCAAAAUGAUUCUUAGCAUGUCUAUUUCAAUGAACCAUGCUGAAUUGGUUGAACUAUUGCAUGAGAAAAUGGGGACAAAUAGUGAAAAUAUUCAAAUCGAUAUUUCUGGAAAAUAUCCAUGCUCAUUUCAAGGUAACAAUACAAGGUUCAUUGAGUUUAAAAUUGAGAAUGACCAGUCCUUGCUACAAUUUUUCGCCAUACCUCAAAAAUUUGCGGAUAAGAUCGAUAUAAAUAUUUUGGAGAUUUAUGUAAAGACCAAGUCAACAAAUCAAAAUAAUGUAUUUCAAAUGAGUGGUCAGCAUGGUUAUCACAUGAAUUUGUUGGCUCAAAAUUAUGAAUUUGCUAUGGCCAGUCCUAGCAGGCAUGGUCAUCGAUCAUUUGAUGAAGGCUCAAGUAGUCAAAGACAUAUUAGUAGUAGCCACAGAGAAUAUGAGGCCACAGAAGCUGAGGCCAGCGUUGAUUUGUAUAAUGAUGCAAAUGCUGAAAUUAGCUCUGAAAGUUUAGAGGAUGACAAUCCUUCAGGAGAUAAUGGAGAGAGUGAAAUAGAAAGUGAACCUCAUGAAGAUAUCGGUGAUAUUGGAGAUUUACUUCAAAAUAAUAUUGGUGUAAAUCCUGAUAAUCAAUUUGGUCAUGGUGUGUCUGAAACUCCAUGUCAUGAUAUACCCCACUUUACGACAUUGGAGAACGAGGAAGAUAUUUUUAUCUCUACACGAGAAUCUGAGAUGGGAUGUUGUUCAGUUUGGUCCGAGGAUGCCAAAAAAGACUUGGAAAAAAAUAUGUAUUUUAGCAGCAAAGCAGAGUUGAAACGGGCCGUGACGAUUUGGAGUUUUCGCAAAAAUAAAGAGUUCGAGGUGGUAACGUCAAGCAAAAGCCUAUGGGUUGUGAGAUGCAGAUUUUAUAAUUUAUUAGGUUGUCUAUGGUUUCUUCGAGGCCUAAAGGUUAGAUAUAACCUUUGGAAAAUAGUAAAGUAUGUUGAUAAUCAUAGAUGUGAGACUGAAGGGCUUACGACAGGUCAUGCCAACCUAGACACCAAUUUGAUUGCAUCCUUGUUUCUAAACAAAAUUCGAGAAAAUCCCAAGUUGUUAGUAGUAGAUGUCAGGACUCAGGUUCACGAGAAAUUUGGUCAUCAAGUGACAUACAGGAAAGCGUGGCUUGAGCGUCAACGCGCAUUUGAAUUGGUGUAUGGUGACUUUAAAAAAUCAUUUAGUGAGCUUCCUAAAUAUUUUGCAGCUUUUCAGCACUUUAAUCAUGGAACAGCUGUGGAAUGGAAACACGUAGAGUCUAUGAGUUCACUAGAGGGAGUCGAAAGAGGCAUGGAAAUGGUUUUUUAG